CAUAUCCUCAAAAUGAUGAAAUUUUAUGCUUUUUAAGUUCAGAUUGAAAUUCCCCUUAAAGAAAAAAAAGUUUAGAUUGGAAUUUCGUAAUUACUAGUCAAAGUUUUUAUUUUUCUUGAAAUAAUCAAUUGGUAUUUUAAUUGGGUAGAUGGGUUUUUGGUAGAAAUGGUGGCUUUCAAUUCCUAAUUUAAUGGGGAAUCAGAAUUCAAACUAUGAAGAUAGAGAGGAUAAUUUUCCUAUUGAAUCAUCUUCUUAUGCAGGAACCUCUAUGUCCUUUAUUCACAGCCGCAAAGGCAAAGAACAGCUGCCUAAAUUCAUUGCUGACAACUUCAACUCUGUAGAUGAGGUUACAGUGGCUCUGAGACAAGCUGGCCUUGAGUCUUCAAACUUGAUACUUGGUAUUGAUUUUACAAAGAGCAACGAGUGGUCAGGGAAGAUUUCAUUCAAUCGAAGAAGUCUUCAUGCAGUUGGUCGAGAUCCAAAUCCCUAUGAGAAAGCUAUUUCUAUAAUUGGCCGAACUUUAUCCCCUUUUGAUGAAGACAACUUGAUACCUUGUUUUGGAUUUGGUGACGCAACAACCCAUGACAGAGAUGUAUUUAGCUUCUAUGGGGAUCAUCGGCCUUGUAAUGGUUUUGAGGAGGUGCUUGCACGAUACAAAGAAAUUCUUCCAUACAUCAAGUUAUCAGGCCCCACCUCAUUUGCCCCUAUCAUAGAUGCAGCAAUUGACAUAGUACAAGGCAGCAACAUGCAGUAUCAUGUCCUGGUUAUCGUUGCAGAUGGGCAGGUAAACAGGAGUUCUGAUUUACCACCUGAAAAGCUUAGUCCCCAAGAACAAGCAACUGUCGAUUCUAUUGUUGCUGCCAGCUAUUAUCCACUUUCCAUUGUUUUGGUUGGCGUUGGUGAUGGACCCUGGGAUGCGAUGAAAAAGUUUGAUGACAACAUUCCGCAGCGGGCAUUUGACAAUUUUCAGUUUGUCAACUUCACAAAGAUUAUGUCGGAGAACAAGGACAUUCAUAAGAAAGAAGCAGCAUUUGCUCUUGCUGCAUUAAUGGAAAUCCCAAUUCAGUACAGAGCCACUCAACAGCUUGAAUUUAGUGGUAAAAAGAUUAGCGUUGGCCAUCAAAGUAGGGCACUUCCUCCUCCGCGUGAAGUGAUAGAUCAUGAUAAUUCAGUUAAUCAAGUUGCAAACAUGAGAAGUUCUUCCUCUGUAGAGCCAACCAGUCCUGUGGAUUUUAAUGCUCCUUUGGAACAUGUAUGUCCAAUUUGCCUGACAAAUCCGAGAAACAUGGCAUUUGGUUGUGGUCACCUGACAUGCAAGGAUUGUGGAGGAACACUUUCGACAUGUCCGCUGUGUAGGCAACCCAUUACAACACGCGUAAGACUGUACAGCUGAGUUAUGGUUGAAGAAUCCCACUUAUACAGUGGAAUUCGUCUUAUGGUAAUCAUCUUGAGUUAUGGUUGAAAAUUUCUGACCAUAAUGUUGUAUUCAUCUCAAAGUAAUAAUGUAAAAUAAACACGUGGAUUUUGUAUAUAUAGUAUUGUACUUUAUUUUAUGUAUGUGGAUGUCGUGAGAAAAUUACAUUAGGAGUGCUCUUCAUGAGAAUUUCCGUAUGUAUCUUUGUUGUAAUCCUUUGUAUGUCGGUUAAAUUAACGUUAUAAAUUGAGUUUGUGAUGCUUCCCCAAUUAAUAUUCAUAUUACACCCUCUA